AUGCUGCCGAAGAAUAUGUUGUCCAGGGUUUCCUCACCGCUUCUGCUAUUCCUAACCUUAACUGGUGGGGUACCUGUUGAUGCAAUAUUUCAGAAGAGCAGUCAGCAUGACCUUCCUAAAGGAGUGACUCUUAAAGACGGGCAGGAGUUCGAGUACAUAGUAGUGGGCGCAGGCGCAGGCGGGUCUGCGGCGGCGGCGCGGCUCGCGCUGGCCGGCGCCUCCGUGCUGCUGGUGGAGGCCGGCGCGGAUCCCGACCCGCUGUCCUGGGUGCCCAUCGCGUCAGUGUUUCUGCAGGGAACGCCCACAGACUGGCAGUACGAAACUAUCCCUAACCACAAAUCCUGUCUAUCCUUCCGCGGGGAGCAGUGCCGGGCCAGCCGCGGGCGGUGUCUCGGAGGCUCCACUAGCAUCAACGACAUGAUCUACACCAGAGGAAGUCCUCACGACUGGGACUCCUUCAACAUCUCUGGGUGGGCAUGGAAUGAUGUAAGGCCCUUCUUUUUGCGAUACGAAGGAUUCAAAGAUCUGGAUUUGUUACCAGUUUCGUCAAUACCGUAUCACAACACAAGCGGAACAAUGAAGGUUCAACUUUUAGGCGAAUCUGGUAAUCCUUGGCAUUCGAGGAUUGUCGAAGGAUAUCUACUGCUGAAUUUCCCUUACAAUCCAGAUGUGAACGCUGCGUCUCAGAUCGGCGUGACGCAGAUUGUCGGCUACAUGUAUGGCGGUGAGCGAAUGAGCACCGCGCGAGGUUACCUCAGCAGGAGUGACGUGAAGAAGUCAUUGAAAAUAGCCAAGUUGACGAGAUGCACAGGGGUAAUCAUAGAUGACAAUAACGUCGCCAAGGGAAUCACCGUCGUAACCGGCUUGUUCAAAACUAAAUUGAAAUUAUUUGCAACUCGUGAAGUCAUUUUAAGUGCUGGAGCAAUAGCGACACCUCAGAUACUCAUGAUGUCAGGUAUAGGGCAUGCCGACCACUUGAAUGAAAUGAAAAUACCGGUCGUCAAAGAUUUGUCCGUUGGCGAUGACAUGACCGAUCAUAUGUUACCGUUGAUUUUUGUCCAAGUAGACAGUGAAAGUGGUGUAGCGGCUACUUUAACAAAUGUGAUAGAUUCGGUUGAUUCAUUAAUUAAAUUUGUCACGUCAAGAACCGGACCGCUAGCAUCCAUGGGUGUACUCGACGUGAGUGUUUUCGCAAACACUUUAUGCUAUGAUUAUGAAAAUCGUCAACUUCUACAUAAUAGUUCUGAAUGCGAUCUACCGACGAUGCAAGUGAUUCAUUCUUUUAUACCCAAAGCUGCACUUACUAUUUUUACUGUUGCUCAACACAAUUUGAAUGUUAACGAUGAAGUAUAUAAACAACUGGCGGAAGCUAACGCAAAUCACGAUUUACUUGUGGUGUCUCCUCUUGUUCUCCAGCCCUUGUCGGCAGGUAACGUCAGGCUGGCGAGUAAUGACCCGCUGGACACGCCGGCUAUUUUCCCGAAUCUGUUAUCAAGGGAUGAAGAUUUAGAGGAGAUGAUUCGUGCGAUUCGUAUCGUGGAAGAUCUGAUGGAGACGAGACCGUUCAAAAGAAACAAUGCUUCUAUAGUGCGUUUUCGAUUGAAGGGUUGUUCUGACGGUGCGGAUUACUGGGAAUGUUACGCGAGGCAUAUGACGCAGUUGAUUUACCACGCGGUGGGCACGACGGCGAUCGGGCGCGUGGUGGACGAGAGGCUGCGCGUGCUCGGCGUGCAGCGGCUGCGGGUGGCCGACCUCGGGGUGCUGCCGGGGCUGGUCCGCGGGAACACUGAAGCCUCUGCCUUGGCAGUCGGCGAGAGAGUUGCCGAAUUUCUGUUGGAAGAGACAGCUUAAAAAGCCACUAUUG